AUGUUCACUCGCUUUGUGUGCCUCGCUGUCGCGGCGUCUACCUUCGUGUCCGGCGCUGCCAUCCUAGACAAUGAGGUUGCCAUCAACCCAGCUGCGAGCCAUGUGGAGGAAGUAUCGUUGCGCAGGAUGGGACUGUCCUCGAAAGGCCGCUACCGGCGACAGAUGAAUCCGAACAGCAAUUGCUCGACAUUCGGUAUCGACUUCCAGGACGGCGGCAGCUAUUUCAUCAACUCUCAACUGAAUGAGAGCUUCACCGCCGUGUCGGAGUUCGAGGGCUGCAACAAUGAUACCGCUUCCGUUGUACUUGUCAACGACCAGUCUUCGGACCAAUAUGAGUGCACGUCAGUGCCUACUGUACCGAACGAUACUCCAGAAAUGACGACUUGCCCGAUCACCAACAACGAGAUGUCCUCUGGCAACUGGUCCCUCAUCCUCAUCGGCAACAAUGGCAAUGGAAACCCCUUCGCUUACCAACGGGACUUCUAUCUAACAGUCGGCGUCCCUAACACCACAACCGUCACGUCCACUGUCACCUUUACUGAGACCAGUACCCCGAUUGCAACGAUUACUUGUAAGCUGUAUUUGUCUAGAGAUCUCGCGUGCUUCCACUGACAACUUACAGCGAUUUCUACCGACAUCAUCACUUCUACUGUCGGAGGCAAUGUCGUCACCCAGCCUGGUGGCACAAAUGUCAGAACAGCGACUGGCAGGGCCGUUACAGUGACUAGCACAGUCGUCAAGCCCAAGCGCUUUACCCGCUGGACCAGCGAAGUCAAAAGCCUGACAGCAACCAUCACACCCUCCUGCACCGUACCGGCUCGUCCAGACUUCCCGGAUCCAAGAUGCCACAUCUACCCAACCGUCGUACCAGUCCCAAGCAACCUCUACAUCCAAACCCAAGGCAACCAGCAGGCACCUAUGCACAAACUUGCUCGCCGUUCGCCAGACUCGCCGACUGUCACGGUCACUGCUUCGGACGUCGAUAGUACCACGACCACAGUCACCGCAUCGACAUCCACCGUUACCGGGGAAAGCGCCACGACGGAGACUGUUACUACGACUCGGGCUGGCCAGACUCUGCGCGGCGAUGUGGCUUUGAAGACGACCACGAUUGCGGGCUCCACGCGAACCAUUACCAAGGUCAGCUAUUCUGUCGCGUACGAAACCAAGACGUUCAGUCUUACUUGGACUUACCGUGUUACUUCUACUCCGGCUGCGAGCGCGAGCGCUUGUAAGCGGAAGGGUGGACAUUUCUUGUACGACUCCAUCUGA